AUGAUCCGGUAUAUUUUAAUUGUAGGGAUUCUACUUCCCCAGUCUUUGGCCCAUCCAGGCUUUUUUACUUCUAUUGGUCAGAUGACUGAUUUGAUUCAUACAGAGAAAGAUCUGGUGACUUCCCUGAAAGACUAUAUUAAGGCAGAAGAAGAUAAAUUAGAACAAAUAAAAAAAUGGGCAGAGAAGUUAGAUCGGCUAACUAGCACAGCGACAAAAGAUCCAGAAGGAUUUGUUGGGCACCCUGUAAAUGCAUUCAAGUUAAUGAAACGUCUGAAUACUGAGUGGAGCGAGUUGGAGAAUCUAGUCCUUAAGGAUAUGUCAGAUGGCUUCAUCUCUAACCUAACCAUUCAGAGACAGUACUUCCCUAACGAUGAAGAUCAGGUUGGGGCCGCCAAAGCCCUGUUGCGUCUCCAGGACACCUACAAUUUGGAUACAGAUACCAUCUCAAAGGGUAAUCUUCCAGGAGUGAAGCACAAAUCUUUUCUAACAGUUGAGGACUGUUUUGAGUUGGGCAAAGUGGCCUACACAGAAGCAGAUUAUUACCAUACAGAACUGUGGAUGGAACAGGCACUCAGGCAGCUGGAGGAAGGCGAGGUUUCUGCCACCGAUAAGGUCUCUGUCCUAGAUUAUUUGAGCUACGCCGUGUACCAGCAGGGAGACCUCGAUAAGGCACUGUUGCUUACAAAGAAGCUUCUUGAACUAGAUCCUGAACAUCAGAGAGCUAAUGGUAACUUAAAGUAUUUUGAGUAUAUAAUGGCUAAAGACAAAGAUGCCAAUAAAUCUACUUCAGAUGACCCAUCUGAUCAGAAAACCACGCUGAAGAAAAAAGGGGCUGCUGUGGAUUACCUGCCGGAGAGACAGAAGUACGAAAUGCUGUGCCGUGGGGAGGGUAUCAAAAUGACUCCUCGGAGACAGAAAAAACUCUUUUGCCGCUACCAUGAUGGAAACCGGAAUCCCAAGUUUAUUCUGGCUCCCGCCAAACAGGAGGAUGAGUGGGACAAGCCUCGUAUUGUUCGUUUCCAUGACAUUAUUUCUGAUGCAGAAAUUGAAAUUGUCAAAGAUCUAGCAAAACCAAGGCUGAGCCGAGCUACAGUACAUGACCCUGAGACUGGAAAAUUGACCACAGCACAGUACAGAGUGUCUAAGAGUGCCUGGCUCUCUGGCUAUGAAAACCCUGUGGUGUCUCGAAUUAAUAUGAGAAUACAAGACCUAACAGGACUAGAUGUUUCCACAGCAGAGGAAUUACAGGUAGCAAACUAUGGAGUGGGAGGACAGUAUGAACCCCAUUUUGAUUUUGCACGGAAAGACGAGCCAGAUGCUUUCAAAGAGCUGGGGACAGGAAAUAGAAUUGCAACGUGGCUGUUUUAUAUGAGUGAUGUGUCAGCAGGAGGAGCCACUGUUUUUCCCGAAGUCGGAGCGAGUGUUUGGCCCAAAAAGGGAACUGCUGUUUUCUGGUAUAACCUCUUUGCCAGCGGAGAAGGAGAUUACAGCACACGGCAUGCAGCGUGUCCAGUGCUAGUUGGAAACAAAUGGGUUUCCAAUAAAUGGCUUCAUGAACGUGGACAGGAAUUCCGCAGACCGUGCGCCCUGUCGGAAUUGGAGUGA